GGGAGACGCUUGGUCCUGGCGUAGGCGCGCUGGGAGACUCUCAGUCCCGGAGCAGGAGUAGUGUUAGCCCCUUAGUUGUGGCGCACGCGCGCUGUGAGACGCUCGGCCCCGGCGUAGCGUCGUCGUCGUCGUCGUCGUAGUCCCUCGCGAGCCCCUUGCCCCCGGCCGAGGUCUCCGCCCAGCGCGAGUGGAGCCCGGCGGCGGCGGGUGACGGCGGCGGGUGGCCGCGGGCGCGCGCUAGAGGCGCGGAGCGGGCGGUGGCCAUGUCUGACAGCGGGGCGAGCCGCCUGCGGCGGCAGCUGGAGUCAGGCGGGUUCGAGGCGCGGCUGUACGUGAAGCAGCUGUCGCAGCAGUCGGACGGCGACCGCGACCUGCAGGAGCACCGACAGCGCGUGCAGGCGCUGGCCGAGGAGACGGCGCAGAACCUGAAGCGCAACGUCUACCAGAACUACCGGCAGUUCAUCGAGACGGCGCGCGAGAUCUCCUACCUGGAGAGCGAGAUGUACCAGCUGAGCCACCUGCUGACGGAGCAGAAGAGCCGGCUGGAGAGCAUCCCGCUGGCGCUGCUGCCGGCGGCGGCGGGGGCGGCGGCGGGGGCCCCGGGCGGCGAGGACGCGGCCGCUGCCGGCCCGCGCGCGCCCCCGGGCGGCCCUCGGGCCCCCGCGCCCGUGCCCGGCGAGGACGCGGGCCCGCGCCGCACGCUCACCACGCUGCUGGAGAAGGUCGAGGGCUGCCGCGCGCUGCUCGAGGCGCCGGGCCAGCGCCUGGUGUACAACGGGGACCUGGUGGAGUAUGAGGCCGACCACAUGGCGCAGCUGCAGCGCGUGCACGGCUUCCUGAUGAGCGACUGCCUGCUGGUGGCCACCUGGCUCCCGCAGCGGCGCGGCGCCUACCGCUAUGAUGCUCUCUACCCGCUGGACGGGCUGGCCGUGGUCAACGUCAAGGACAACCCGCCCAUGAAGGACAUGUUCAAGCUGCUCAUGUUCCCCGAGAGCCGCAUCUUCCAGGCGGAGAAUGCCAAGGUCAAGCGCGAGUGGCUGGAGGUGCUGGAGGAGACCAAGCGGGCACUGGGCGAGCGGCGGCGGCGCGCUCAGGCGCAGGAGGCAGCGGCCGCCCCGCGGGCCCCGGGGCCAGGAUCGGGGCCGUCGCCCAAACCCGCCCGGGGCACCAAUCCCUUCGAGGCCGAAGCCCAGGCCCAGCCGCCCGCUGACCGGGCCCCAGAGGAGGAGCAGGAGGAGGAGGAGAGUGUGGACCUCUCCCUGGAAUGGAUCCAGGAGCUCCCCGAGGACCUGGACGUCUGCAUUGCCCAGCGGGACUUCGAGGGCGCCGUGGACCUGCUGGACAAGCUGAGCCGCUACCUGGAGGACAAGCCGCGGCCACCGGCCGUGCGCGAGCUCCGCGCGCGGGUGGACGAGCGCGUGCGCCAGCUCACCGACGUGCUGGUGUUCGAGCUGUCCCCUGACCGCUCGCUGCGGGGCGGGCCCCGCGCCACGCGCCGCGCCGUGUCGCAGCUCAUCCGGCUGGGCCAGGCCACCAAGGCCUGCGAGCUGUUCCUGCGGAACCGGGCGGCUGCCGUGCACACGGCCAUCCGCCAGCUGCGCAUCGAGGGCGCCACGCUGCUCUACAUCCACAAGCUGUGCCACGUCUUCUUCACCAGUCUGCUGGAAACGGCCCGCGAGUUCGAGACCGACUUCGCGGGCACCGACAGCGGCUGCUACUCCGCCUUCGUGGUCUGGGCCCGGGCGGCCAUGGGCAUGUUCGUGGACGCGUUCAGCAAGCAGGUAUUCGACAGCAAGGAGAGCCUGUCGACGGCCGCCGAGUGCGUGAAGGUGGCCAAGGAGCACUGCCAGCAGCUGGGCGAGAUCGGGCUGGACCUCACCUUCGUGGUCCAUGCGCUGCUAGUGCGGGACAUCCGGGGAGCCCUGCACAGCUACAAGGAGAUCAUCAUCGAGGCCACCAAGCACCGCAACUCGGAGGAGAUGUGGCGGCGCAUGAACCUGAUGACCCCCGAGGCCCUGGGCAAGCUGCGGGAAGAGAUGCGGAGCUGCGGGGUGGGCGACUUUGAGCAGUACACGGGUGACGACUGCUGGGUCAACCUGAGCUACACGGUGGUGGCCUUCACCAAGCAGACGCUGGGCUUCCUGGAGGAGGCGCUGAAGCUGUACCUGCCAGAGCUGCAUACAGCGCUGCUGGAGAGCCUGGUGGAGGUCAUCUUGGUGGCCGUGCGCCACGUGGACUACAGUCUCCGCUGCGAGCAGGACCCUGAGAGGAAAGCCUUUAUCAGACAGAAUGCCUCCUUCCUCUAUGAGACCGUGCUCCCUGUGGUGGAGAAGAGGUUUGAGGAAGGUGUGGGGAAGCCUGCCAAGCAGCUCCAGGACCUGAGGAAUACAUCCCGACUGGUCAGGGUGAACCCCGAGAGCACCACCUCCGUGGUCUGAACCCGGCCUGCCACCCACUUGGGUAGACGGCGUAUGCUUAUUUAUAUUCGUGUUAGGUAAAUUUGUGUAUUCCUUAUAGCCUUGGAUUGCUAACAAAAUAAAAAUGCCCACUUAGAAAAAUGUAUAAUCAAAAGGGGUAGAAAACAUGCGUGUUUAAACCCAAAGAACAAAAAUAGUAGAACGAUUAAAACAUACUAAACUUUUAAAUUA